GGGGGCGGGCGAGGGGGCGGUGUCCUGGCCAUGGCCGGCCUGUCGGACCUGGAGCUGCGGCGGGAGCUGCAGGCCCUGGGCUUCCAGCCAGGCCCCAUCACCGACACCACUCGGAACGUCUACCGCAACAAGCUGCGCCGCCUGCGGGGCGAGGCCCGGCUGCGCGACGACGAGCGGCUGCGGGAGGAGGCCCGGCUGCGCGACGACGAACGGCUGCGGGAGGAGGCCCGGCCUCGGAGCCCCGAGCGGCCGCGGGAGGAGGCCCGGCUCCGCGAAGAAGCACCGCUGCGCGCGCGGCCCGCCGCGUCCUUCUUGCGGGCGGAGCCCGGGCUCUCCCCGCCGGCCUCGAGCGCGGCCCCCGACACCUCAGGGCCUUACGGCGACUUCGGGGCCUCCGCCUCUCCCUGGGCCCGAAGCCGCGGCCUCGCCUACCCCGCCCGCCCCGGGCCGCUGCGGCGCCGCGCCUCUGUCCGGGGCAGCUCCGAGGAGGACGAGGAUGCCCGGACGCCCGACAGGGCCGCCCUGGGCCCGACCCGCCACUGGUGGGCCCCGUCCUCGGCCUCUGCGCGGCCGCCCUCCGCGCUCCUCCGCGCCGACGCGCGCCCCGGCCCGAAGGCCACGCGAACGGGCUCCGCGGGCGCCGUGCGGGCCCGACCUGAGGCCGGCCGGCGGCUGGAGCGCUGUCUGUCGCGCCUGCUGCUCUGGGCCAGCCUGGGGCUGCUGCUCGUCUUUCUGGGCAUCCUCUGGGUGAAGAUGGGCAAGCCCUCGGCGCCGCAGGAGGCGGAGGACAACAUGAAAUUGUUGCCGGUGGACUGUGAGAGGAAAACAGAUGAGUUCUGCCAGGCCAAGCAGAAGGCGGCCUUGCUGGAGCUGUUGCACGAGCUGUACAACUUCCUGGCCAUCCAAGCAGGUAAUUUUGAGUGCGGCAAUCCAGAGAAGCUAAAAAGCAAAUGCAUUCCUGUUGUGGAGGCUCAGGAGUACAUAGCUAAUGUGACCAGCAGCCCCUCUGCAAAGUUUGAGGCCGCGCUGACCUGGAUACUGAGCAGCAACAAGGACGUGGGUAUCUGGUUGAAAGGGGAAGACCCGUCUGAGCUGGUGACGACAGUGGACAAAGUGGUCUGCCUGGAGUCUGCCCGGCCCCGAAUGGGUGUUGGCUGCCGCCUGAGCCGUGCCCUGCUCACUGCCGUCACCCACGUGCUCAUCUUCUUCUGGUGCCUGGCCUUCCUGUGGGGCCUCCUAAUCCUUCUGAAGUACCGAUGGCGGAAGCUAGAGGAGGAAGAGCAGGCCAUGUACGAGAUGGUGAAGAAGAUUAUAGAUGUGGUCCAGGACCACUAUGUUGACUGGGAGCAGGACAUGGAGCGCUACCCGUAUGUGGGCAUCCUCCACGUGCGAGACACCCUCAUCCCUCCACAGAGUCGGCGGCGCAUGAAGCGCGUGUGGGAUCGUGCUGUGGAAUUCCUGGCUUCCAAUGAAUCGCGAAUCCAGACUGAGUCCCAUCGUGUGGCGGGGGAGGACAUGCUGGUGUGGAGAUGGACUAAACCUUCCUCCUUCUCUGACUCAGAGCGAUAGGAAAGGGCCUGCUCCAGCCAGCCUGGCCUGGCCACCCAGCUGGGGCAAGGGCACAGACAGACCUUCGGUGCUCAUUCACGCCUGCCUUGAUUGCCCUCCAGGUCUCAGUUCUGGGACGUGUGGGCUUCCUUAGGAGAGCAGGGUGAGGCUCCUCUAUGCCAGUCUUCCUGACAGAAAGAGAAGGGCUGGCUCUCCCUGGAUGGAAAGACUGGCAGUGGUUGGAACCCUGGAGGUUCCCAGAAAGCCAGACAGCAACCCCACGUUUGGGAGGUGGGUCGGGUGGUGGGCUGGGGCAGCAGGGGAGCGGUGGCACUUGGUCCGCGUGCCUUUGCAGUGUUUCCCAGGGAGCUUGAGGGUGAGGGAGGAGUCCUGUCCUGCUGCUGCAUGAGCCUCUUUAUCCGAAAGGGGAAGAUGCUAGCCGGUGAACCAGCUGUAGGGACGGAAUAGGUGGCCAGGAUCUGGAAAGGGUGGAGGGUCCAGCCCCAGCUGCCUGGGCCUCAGUGCCUCUCCAGAUGAAAAGUCAGCCCUGAACCAGGGCGGAGCCUCAGCCUCCUGCAGGCUCACCACCUUAUUUUACUGUGACGACGCCUCUCCUGGCUGUUGAGCUGGAACAGGGCACAGGUGGGGUGCAGCAUUGUGGCUGCACACUGCCCCCUUCAGGCUACAUGGAGCAGCGUGGGCCAUUAGCCUGCUGUGCAGUAGAGGGCCUGCUCCGACACACCCAAUGGGGAGCCUCAUUAGCAGAGAGGUAGACUCCAGCAACUCCUCCAGCCAGCCUCACCCACAGCCCAGGAGGGCGGCGGUGGGUGUGAGGCAUGCCUGCCUCCAAAGGCACAAACGCCCGCUCUCAGACCUGUCACCGUUCUGUUUCUUAAUAAAGCACCAUCUCCACUUA